CGGACAACCGCAUCGCUGAUACGCUCGCCCUCUUGUCCACAACCUCCUGAAGACGUCCCAUAAUCGAGCUGAGCAAGUUUCAAAGAAUGCCUCUUUGGGCAGGUCUACCACGUCUGGUAUGUGAGGAGAUGCCAUCAAAGUAUGCGGUCGGAAUCGAUCUUGGCACGUUCUCUUCAUGUGUAGCCAUAUUCAGGCAAGGGAGAGUGGAAAUUAUACCUAAUGACCAAGGAAAUCGUGUUACGCCUUCAUACGUUGCGUUCACUGAAAGCGAAAUUCUCAUAGGAGAAGCUGCUAAGAAUCAAGCAGCAGACAAUCCUUACAAUACUGUUUUCGAUGCUAAGCGACUCAUUGGGCGCAAAUUCAAUGACGUGGAAGUACAACGAAAUCUGGACAAUUGGCCAUAUGAAGUCUUCCCGACGAAAGCUUCCAAGCCCAAUGUGCAAGUAUACUACAAAGGAGAACUAAUGACCUUGACCCCCGAGGAGAUCUCAUCCAUGAUUCUCACGAAGCUGAAAGAUAUGGCUGAGGCUUACUUGAGAUUGCGAGUCAAAGAUGCUGUCAUCACAGUCCCCGCAUCCUUCAACUAUUAUCAACGUCAAAUCAUCAAAGAAGUAGCAACGGUAUCAGGAUUCAACGUUCUCCGCAUAAUCAACGAAACCACUGCUGCGGCCAUAGCCUACGGCAUCGACAAGAUGGGACUGGGAGAGCGCAACGUGCUCAUCUUCGAUCUUGGUGCUGCAAAUUGCAGUGUCUCCAUUGUGACAGUCCAGGAUGGGAUUUUCGAAGUGAAGUCAUCUCUGGGUGAACACUUUGGAGGAAUAGACUUCGACAAUCGACUGGUCAAUCACCUUUUCGACGAAUUCAAGCGCAUGUAUAAAAUGAAAAUAGAGAGCUCCAGUGCCGUCCAUCGUCUUCGCUGUGCUGCAGAGAAAGCGAAGCGCAAACUCUCAAUCUCAAGUCAGGCUGCAAUUGAAAUCGACUCACUUUUCGAUGGCCAGGACUUCUACACUUUCAUCACUCGUGCACAUUUCGAGGAGGUAUGCGCAGACCUUUUCCGAUCGAUAAUGGACCUUGUGGAGAGAUCAUUACGAUACGCCAAAAUGGAGAAGAAGCGGAUUCAUGACAUCGUGCUUAUCGGAGGCUCCAGCCGAAUUCCGAAGAUACGCAAGCUACUCUCUGACUUUUUUGGUGAAGAAAAACUGGACAUAUCUUUGAAUCCUGAUGUGGCUGCCACUCAGGGUGCAGCUAUCCAUGCCGCUUUCCUUUCUGGUGACAAGUCUGCGACAAUACGGGAUUUGCUGCUUCUGGAUGCGACCCCUUUCUCGCUUGGCAUCGAAACCGCUGGUGGUGUAAUGACUGCAAUCAUCAAAAGAAACACUACCAUUCCUACCAGGGCUAGUCGGACUUUCAUUGGAGGAGAUAUAAUGAAUAAAACAGUGAAAAGCAAUAAAAACAUUCCUAUUCGGACUAACCAAACUUUCACCACUCACUCUGACAAGCAACUCAGGGUGCUCAUUCAAAUUUUCGAGGGGGAGCGUGCUAUGGUCAAAGACAACAAAUUUCUUGGAAAACUAGAGCUGGUUGGAAUUUCGCCAACACCUCCUCCCCAAAUCGAGGUCACCUUUGAUAUCGACUCCAACGGUAUUCUCUGCGUCACCGCCCAAGACAAAUCUACUGGCAGGCAGAAUAAGAUGACCGUUUUACUUACAUCAUCAGAUGAUCCCUAUAAAUAUGUUGCGUCAAGAGAAAACGAUGUUCUAGUUUUGCGUAACAAACUCUAACCACGCAUUCCAUCGGAACAAAGCCGACCAAUUGAAGCGUAAAAUAAAACGUGCUUUCUCGCAUAUCACAGCCACUGCUUGCAAUUUUACGCCUCAAGCAAUUUUCUGCUUUCGUUGUAGUCCACUUCAAUGUUUAGCUAUUAGGCUACUCAGAAUGCAUUGAGGAAUGGAUAGUAGAGCGGAUGACGAGUAGUCGAC